UCAGUCGGUGAUCUGCAUUCAGAACAAAAUGAAUUCCCUUGUUUCGGCAAUUGUAUUGGUUUUCGCGUUGGUCGGAUGUACAGCGGUCGAGGUCAAGGAAGAUGAUGCGUCAGCAUCAGGUGCUUACUCGUACCAUAACUUUAGUGGACCGGUGAGCGGACAAAUACGCGAAGUUUACGUGAAGGAUAAGCUCGAUUACGUGGCGAAGCCGGAUUACAGUUACUCCUAUGGGGUGAAAGAUCCUUCAACUGGUAAUGACCAGCAACAUCGUCAGACUCGUCUCGGCGAUGCAGUCCAAGGGGAAUAUAAAGUUCUUCAAGCUGAUGGAAGCAUGCGUGUGGUGCGAUACACAGCUGAUGCGAAGAACGGAUUCCGAGCGACAGUAGAGUAUCAUUAGUGACACUAUAUUAAUUUUGCAACGACGCGAAAUGACAAGAUAAUAAUAGCACGACAAAAGCCACAGCCAUAACGAGAUGAAUAACAUACAAAAAAAAUAAAAGAGCAAGAAACCGUAAACAAUUAACGUAUUGUGCAGUAGCUUCACGGAAUUGUAAGGAGAUCUGAGGACGCUUGCCUUUACCGUCGUCGUCGUCUUCGUUUACACGAACACUAACUGUGAUUAUAAAUUGCUAGUUUAUUAAUUGAAUCCAACCAAAAGCUGAAACACAAACAAUACAAAUUAACUAUUACGAAUGUUGAACGCGUAUCUAUACCCAGUUUGGGUCUCUUAUGUCUCUCCAAUAUGAAUACAUGAAUUCGAAUACGAGAUUGUCUCGAUCAUUAAUUAUUCACUUGCACGUAAAAACAAAACAUUUGCAUUUGCAAUUAAAUCAAUCAAG